AGCGCGAGUGGUCUUUGCGUUUUCGCAAUCAGUCGGCCAAGAGCCGUCGUUCGACGAACAUGCGAUUUCUUUUAUAAAAUAACAUUUAAAAAGAGAGACAACGCGUUCGUAAUAACGUCCUCGAAAUAGUUCGCAUAAGUAAUUCGAUAAAAACGAUUCGUAACGACGUACGAUUAACAAGACCAUUGAUAUAAUAGGAUAACGCUUUGGGAUAACGUUGUUCCGACGAAAAGAAAAAAAAAAAAAAGAAAGAAAAAAAAAAGAAAAAAAAACAGAAAGAAAGAAAGAAAGAAAGAAAAUAUACUCGAACAGGAUCAUUUGAGCCAAUGCAUUUAAAAUAAAUAUUCGAUCGCUUUUUAUCAAUGUUUUUACAAAGCUAAAGGCUUCAUAUAACGCAUUCGUUAAAAAUGCACCCAAAAGGAAUCCAUUCGAAAUAACAAGUUUCUAUGAAACGCUCGAAGCUAAGUAAUUUAUUUUAUAUAGAUUAAAAUUGUUUAAAAAAAAAAAAAGGAAAAAAAGAAAAAAGUAGAAGAAGAAAAGAAGAGAAAAAAAAAGAAAGUAAAGGAAAAAGAGAAAAAAGAAAAUAUAUAGGGAGAGGAGAAAAAAAAUAUAGACUCGAAAUAAGAUCUUUGAAACAAUUCGUACGAAACGAUUCGUUAGUUAGAGAAAAAGAACCCGAUGGCGAUCGAAGAGACAGACAAACGUAUUUAAAAAUGAUAACUUUCUUUUUGAGAAAAGAAACGUAAGGAAUACGUAAACGGAUAUAUUCAGCUUGGACUUAAGCAACAGUGUUAAAAAACAUUCAAUGCUUGUGAUUAAACGCCUUUAGGUGAAGAAAAAUAUAUCAUUAUUCUUACGGUAAAGCCUUCGUGGUUGUUUGAAUUUUUAGAAAAGAAAAAGAAUAGAAACGUGACUAGAAUUUGUAAUGGUUUCUAUACAACAACUCUUCCAUCGUACGCGACUAUAUUGACCAACCGAAUGAACGAAGGAACGAACGAACGAACGAACGAACGAACGACCGACCGACCGACCAACCGACCGACCGACAGAUCAAGCGACCGAUCGACCGACCAACCGACCGACCGACCAACCUCAUGGCUGUGCUCUGAAAUUAUCGCGACUAGCACACGUACACGCAUCGGUGACUGUUGUUAAUUGAAUACGCACAAUAAUACUGUUAAAAGACAUACAGAGUAUCCAAGAGAACGGACGUAUAUAUGAGAUUUCUGUGAAAAUAAAAAUCGAUUGAAUAAGACUUUUGAAAAAAUCGAGUUAUCAAUAUAGUAUACUGGAAUUCUUAUCUUGUUUUUUUUUUCACAUAUAUGUAUUUCAUAUAUAUGUAUAUAUAUAUGUGUGUGUGUGUAUAUAUAUACAUAUAUAUAAAUGUAUAUAAUAUAAAGAAGUAGAGAAAAGUAUUAUAAUAACCAAAAAGAAAAAAAAAGAACAAAAAAAAAAGAAAAAACAAGAAAAAAAAGAAGAAGAAAGAAAGAAACGAAAAAAAAGAAGAAAUGAAAGGGAAAAGAAAAAGGGAUGAUGAUCGACGCCACGCAUUAAUGUAAGUACCAGUAGCCGAGUUUUUCGCGAGUGAAAGAUAGUGCCGAGGGCAUUAAACCUAACAGAUGUUCACCUUUAAAUGAAAAUGGAUCGGCAUUAGUUACUCGCGACGUUAAAUGCGAAUCAGGAUUAAUUUUCGUGCGGUUCGGUGUUAACUACAAACGAAGAGGAAGGAAGAAGAUCGAACGGAGAUCGAACUAAAAAUGAUCACUGUGUUAUCAUUCAUUAUCUUGCUGCUCGUCAAUUUCUUCUAUCAACAUCUUGGAGUUUUCCUGUAACAUCUGGAUUUCAAUCAUCGGCUUCAUUUAAUAAAAUAAUUCUAGGAGGUCAAUUAAAAAAAUGUCAGCCGACGUGAGAGCUGGUCGACCUACAGUGCCAACUAUUCCUCAAUCGAAGAGGCCUACCAUUUUGGUCUAUCCAACAGUAACACCGGAGAGCAUUAUUAUUCCCAUCGUAUCUUGCAUACUUGGAUUUCCAUUACUGGCUUUAAUGGUAAUCUGCUGCUUAAGAAGAAGAGCCAAAUUGGCAAGAGAACGUGCGAGAAGAAGGAAUUGUGAUUUGGAUCAUGGCGCUCUUAGUUUAGUCCGUUUUAGUCCGGUUCAUCGUUUAGCUGGCGUUGAUCGUCCAACGAGAACCGUAUCCUUGAAAAGUGAUCGUGGAUCAAGAGCAUUUCCAUCGUUAGAACUGGAUACCGUUGUCGAAGAAAGAUCUGAUCCUGAACAAAGUACUGCAUUGGAAUUGAGUAGUCCUGACUAGCAUACAAUAUUGGCACCGCCGAGAUCUCCUAGGUCGCCCAAAUCUUUAGCGGUGCCAAUAGACCAUAGCCCUCUAUGGACAGCUUUGACUCAAGCUAAUACGGUAUCUACUACUUUUGGAGAUACCUAGCAGGAAAUUGAAGGCGAGGGCAGUUACAUCGAAGCCCUCGUCCUUGAUUUGCCAAUUAUAUAUUAAAAUAAAUUUAUAUUCGCGAUGGGAUAUCUUUCUCAAAUAUCAGAUUAACAGAAAAUUUAACAUAAUUUUUCAUGUUUGAAAGUAUAAUUGAAAUCAUAUAGUAAUAACGAUAAUUAUUAAAGGGAUAAAAAGAAAUAAGAUCUAUUAUUAACAAAUAAGCUUUGCAUAGGAGGAAAAAAAAAUGAAAUACAUAAUUAAAUUUUGUACCAAAACAACAAUCAUCAAACACGAUGUAUCAGAAUUGUACGUAAAGCUUUUUACACGUUAGUGAUAACGAUAAUUAAUUUAAUAAGUAGAGAUAUAAUUACUAGAUAUGCUAAUGUAAAUAUAACUUUGCUAAUACAUACAAAAAAAAAAAAAAAUAAGAAAAAAGAAAUAAAAUCAUAUAAAUAGAGAAUUGUAUAAUUAAAGUCCAUAUAAAUGAUAUUUCUUUUGGUUUCCUUUUUAUAAUUUUCUAAUAUCGAUUCACUUUAAUUAUUGCAUUCUUAA